AUGGUUAGAAUUAUGAAAAGCAUUUUAAUUAAAUUUGAAACUACAUUUACUACUACUACUACUACUACUACUACUACUACUACUACUACUACUACUACUACUACUACUACUACUACUACUACUACUACUACUACUACUACUACUACUACUACUACUACUACUACUACUACUACUACUACUACUACUACUACUACUACUACUACUACUACUACUACUACUACUACUACUACUACUACUACUACUACUACUACUACUACUACUACCAGUAACAAUAAUAAUAACAAUCAUAUUACUGUGGGAUUUGGUUUUUUCAAUCUGUUGUCCUUAAUUAGUGGUUUAUGUGAAUUUUAUUCACCUUAA